GCGGUUGAUAUACACACUACAACGCUUUUGACACAUGCCACACUAAUGUCAAACGUUGCAAAGUGACAGAACCAUUCAGAAUUACGAGUGUUUAUAUUCGAGUGAGGAUGUCGUGCAUAAUAAAAAAUUGCAAUUCAACAUACAAAAAUACUACAUUAUUCGGUAUCCCAGUCAACGAAGACGCCCGAACAAAAUGGAUAAAGGCGAUUGAGCACCACCAACCAUUCGAUGAUAGUGGAACGGGUGUACAGUUAGUGUGCGUCAAUCACUUUCAAGACAAUGAAAUCUUGCCUGGAAUUCGUAAAAGAAUAUCUCCAUCUGCAGUACCAAGCAUUUUUCCAGCCAAAGCUGAGAUUGCACCAGUAAAGACUGGUCAACACAUCCGGCCAAACAUAUUGAAACGGACAAUACCAUCAAUCGGCCCAGCGCCAAAGGUUAGAAAACUCGAUCAAUCUCCACAGAAGAAUGUGCCAAACGGCCCAAUUGAGAAUAGUUUGGUCGGAAAGAAGGUGAGGUUAAAUAUUGGAAGUCUGAGAACUAUGGCAUCAUUUGUCGGUGUCACCAAGGUGCCAAAUGCAAGCACAUCACUCGCAGCACCUGUACAACUUCCAGCACGAAUUUCAAACGGUACAAUUCAAACAAUGACACUAUCAAGUAGUCUAGGUCAAUUAUCACCGUUUGGGAAAAAAAUUCGAAUUAUUGUACCCAAGAAAAGUGUCCAUUCAAUUCCAAAAGUAUCGCCUGGUGUGCAGGACAGUGAAAAAUUCAACCCUUUGCAACCGAUUGCAGAUGAAACAUCUCCGGAAGAUAACAUUUUCGAACAGCCGAGUUCAAGUGAGCCCAUCGGACAACGACUGAAACUAGUUGACAUUGACAAACUUAAAGAAACACCAAUUUCAUCCGAAGCGGAAAACAAAUCGAACGUUUUAUAUACAACAAAUUGCUCGAAUGAAGUUUGUCUCAACAAAUUGUAUCUUGCCAACGGUAGAGUGACGAUUCUGGAAAAAACCAUUACAAAAUUGCGGCUUCACAAUGCAGUUUUGAAACGAGAACUUGCCAAGAAGUCAAACACAUCUGCAGGCAAUGCAUCUGCUGCAGCUAAAACGCCAACCAAAAUGAAUCAGCAAUCCAUUAUGAAAACAUGUUUUUUCAAAUGUGCAAAAUGUGCGGCAUCAUUUGAAAAACCGUUGGAGCUGAAUAAACAUAUACAUCACGUACACGUUCGAUUGGAAGAUAAUAAAUGCUAUAAUUGCGGAAAAAGGUUCGUUGGAACUGCACAAUUGGAGGCGCAUAUUCAUAAAGUGCAUAGGGAUAUAUUCGAAUGUAAAGUUUGUCAUCCAAUGCUGAAAUAUCUGCAAGAAUAUCAUAUAGCACACGAAACACACGCCAAGACUGUGGAUGCAGCUGCCAAGCCGCCUCAAGCGUUGAAUAAUUGCCCUGAAAUACCUCGUUUCGAAUGCUAUAUUUGCAAGGAUGAAAUAAACAGCAUUACUGCUCUACAAACACACAUGGAACAACAUGAAAAGAACCAAAAAUGCCAAAUCUGCAAAGCAAGUCUCACACUCAUCGAACUUAACAAUACUCAUUUGUGUGGCACGGAGAAGAGUAUUACAUGUGAAUAUUGUGAGGAGUCAUUUACAUCGACAAUGAAGCUGUUGGAACAUCUGAAAACACCGCACGAGAAAAAGAAAUUAUAUGGCUGCCAUAAGUGUUCCAAGUAUUUCCCUCAAUUGAAUUUGCGCCACUACCACAUGUUUCUACAUGAAAAUGAAGAAGGAAAAGACGAUGACGGCUCACUGAGAAGAUAUACGUGCAAAGUUUGCGACAAAGGAUUUGAUAACUACGAUCAUUUUUACAAACACCGAAAGUCUCACAGCAGUCCCACAAAAAAAACAAGAGAUCACCUUUGUGAAGAGUGUGGAAUGAGCUUCAUGACCGUACAAACUUUGAGAGCCCACAAGAUGUCCAGCAUUCAUUCGAAAGAACCAACGUUUCAGUGUUCCGAUUGCCCGCGAAAAUUCUACAACAAAAUACAUUUGCAUCGACAUGCUCAGAAACAUGAGAAUAUCAAAUACGUGUGUGAUAUUUGUAAUAGGGAACUUCGAUCAAAUAUGUCAUAUAAGAAGCACAUGAGAAGACAUAAUCGUACAGAGGCGGACAGACGGCAUGAAUGUCAAAUUUGCCACAUGAAAUUCUACGAACCGAAGGCCUUGACCAAACAUAAAUUAGUACACAACGGACACCGGGCUCAUUCAUGCCAGUACUGCGAUUGCUCGUAUAAAUACAAGGGCGACUUGAACAAACACCUUCGUAUACAUUUAGAUGGUAAAAUACAUCAAUGCACCAUGUGUGAUGAGAGUUUUUACUAUCCAGAGGAUUUGCAAGAACAUAUAUAUGACCAUUACAAAAAAGACAAGGCCAACCGAGCGGCGGAAGGAACGGCCGAAGGUAAUGCGGAGGCCGAUAGCAAGGAGGAGAAGAAUGACGAAAAAGAGAAAGACGAUGAAGAGAAUAAUGAUUGCGUCUCGAACAAUAUAUUGGUAUCAUCUGUUUCCCUUAAACCUAGUUUUAUACAUGAAAAUGUACAGCUUUGGAACUGAUCAUGGCCAAAUUCAAUGGAGAAUGGUGUCUUUCCAUGAAUAUUUACUGAUUUUCAUUACAUUUAAGAGCAUUCUAGGCACUCCGUUGAUCAAAUGAUCCAGUCGAUUUCGUGUGGUGUAUUUUGACACUGCACAAUACUUACAUUUCAAAUUUCACUAUGCCAAAAAAAAGUUUUGUUUUCUGUUAAACAAAUUCUAUUUCACAUCUAGCUCAUGUAGAUUACACAUUGGCUUCAUUGAACACUAUUUUUUAUAUGACAUCUGACUAUAAUAAAAGACUUUGAUAUUC